AUGCGUGUUCUAGCUUUCUGUGUGCUUAGGUGCCCGAGCUACUGAGGGUCUAAGUCCGGGCAGCCGAAGAGUGUGGUAGGUAACGGUCGUCAGCGCAAGGGUCAUUUCGUCGCUGGGAAGGGACGGCCCUCGCCCGCGGUGAUGGUGGUUAGCAAGAUGAACAAAGAUGCGCAGAUGAGAGCAGCGAUUAACCAAAAGUUGAUAGAAACUGGAGAAAGAGAACGCCUCAAAGAGUUGCUGAGAGCUAAAUUAAUUGAAUGUGGCUGGAAGGAUCAGUUGAAGGCACACUGUAAAGAGGUAAUUAAAGAAAAAGGACUAGAACACGUUACUGUUGAUGACUUGGUGGCUGAAAUCACUCCAAAAGGCAGAGCCCUGGUACCUGACAGUGUAAAGAAGGAGCUCCUACAAAGAAUAAGAACAUUCCUUGCUCAGCAUGCCAGCCUUUAAGAUUGAAUUAGAUUGUGUUGUUGUGGUUUUAUUUCUGAAAGUAAAACUUGCCAUAAAUUAGAAAACAAUUUCCCAAAAUAAAAUCCUUUUUUGUAUGAUGGUAUACAGUUUUCAGUAAUGAUGUAUACAUUGUAUUGAUUUUUUUCCCUAAAUGUGUUAUUUUAAUAAAUAUCUCAUGAAUGAGUUUGAAGUUUGCUUGGAUUUUGAAAUAAAUGGGACUUUGUCUUUAUUACUAAUUCACCAAAUUUGUUGAGAGCAAGAGCAAUUAAUGUAGUUUAAGUAUUUAGUAUGUACAGUUCUCUAUGUUAACAGCUGAGAAGUAAGCAACCUUUUCUGACUGCAUAUGGUGUAUUCCUCUUUUGAGUCCCCAUAAUAUUUUAUAAAUUGUAAUGCCCCAUCUUGUAAUACAGUUGUCUUAUUCGUAUUGUUUAUAAACUCUGAGGGUUAGGACUGGGUUGUACUCAUCUUUAUGUGCCUUCCUUAUGCUUCAAAGAAUUUACCAUCUAAUGGAAGAGAACAUUUGCAAGUUGACUCCAUAUCAAGCUCCUUCCACAUACUCUACUCAUCCGAACUUUGAAUGCAGAAUCUUUAAAUUGCAUCCCCACAUACUAAGGUCAAGAAAGAACUUAAUGGGAAGUAAUCUCCACCCAUUAGCUUUACCCUGACAUCAGGAUUGCCAAAUCCAAUGGACUCUUGUCUGUUCUUAUGUGACUUCUGCUGGAAAAUGCGAAUGUUGACCAUCCUGCCACUUGGAACUCUCUUCCCACUCCUCACAUUGCUUUUUCUACCACUGGAAGUUCCUUCUGUUUCUUGUGGAGUACCUUUUGCUGUCUGGAACUUGUAGAUAAUGGUGUUUCCUAGGGCUCCCUCCAGGGCCCUCUGCCUCACUAACUGGAUAUACUUUUCCUGGGCAAAUCCCAGGAAACUUGCGUCAGACCGUGACUUCAAAUACAGGUUGAUAAAUGCUAAGUUGUGUCUCCAAACCAAACUUCAUCCUAGACUCGAGACCCAGAGACCCAACUGCUAUGGACCAGCUUUUUAGGAUAUCCUCACUUCAAACCGACCUUACCUAAAAUAAUGACUUUUUCCCGCAAUAACUGCCCCUGCUGUAUUCCGUAUUUCUGAAUGGUACCUCCUCCCUAUAUAGAUUAUCUGAGGAGCUUACCAAAAUGCUGAUUCUGAAGAUGAGGGGCAUGACUUAAGAUUCUGUAUUUCUGCCUAGUACCCAACUGGUGCUCAUGCUGCUGAUUGAGAACCACUUUUGAGUAUAGCAAGGCUCUAAAUUACCCACUGCGUGCCCUCGUAAUUGUCUUAAUUCAAGUCCAGAUUAUUGCAGUAGACUUAGUAUUUCUUUGCCUUAGUUGAUUUGUGCCCCCUCCAGUGUCUGUUCCACCCUGUUGCCUAAGUGGCCUUAGUAAAAUUCAAGUCUGGUUAUUUUAUUCCCCUGCUUGGAAUUUCUCAAUGUAGAAUGAAACUCAUUCAGCAUUAACCUAGGCCCUUCUUGAUCUGACAUCUUGUUUCUCUAGUUAGACUAAAGAAUCCCCACUAUAGUUGUUUCAUCCCUAAGUACCUUUGAAAAUCUGUCAACCUAGAAGCCUCCUUUCUCAUUUGUUUCUCAUUCCUGUUUGUCCUUCAAAGUUCAGCUUUAGUUGCUAAAACAUUUAGACAUUCCUCUAUCUGACUUAGACGCUCAUGCCCCGCCCCCCCCCCACGGUUUUUUUUUUUUUUUUUUUUUUUUUUAUAGGAAGCAGCUAUGCGUAAUUCCUCUUCAACACAGUAGUUCUUGAACUUCUGCAGGCCUCUCCUGGGGGGAAGGAAAUGGCUUCUCUGACUUUGUAUGAUGCUUAUUUGUGGAUGAAUGGGCAAGGGAACAAAUGAACAAACAAGUGAAUGAACAGUAUGGGAGUAUGAGAAAAGGUAUAAAUUGGGUAUAACUCAGAAAAGGAUUCAAAUUGAUCUUUGGUUCACUGUUCCAAACACAAUUUCAUCUUUCUGAUGAAUUUAAAGUGUAGUCUUUGAACCAACUGGGGUUAAUUAUGUAAAGUUUUGAGCCUGAGACAAGCACAUGAUCACAAAACUUACCCAAAUGAGUUUUUUGUUUCACUUCAUCUCUUGUAAAACAAUGUUCUAAAGUAAGUGAUAGGGAUGCUCAUCAUUCUGCUACCUGUCAUCACAAUGAAAACAGGAAAGGUGAGAAAUAGAGGAUAGUUCUUAUUUCAUAGUACUGUAUAUGGAAAUAAACCAAAUUUGCUCAGAGAUGCUAUUUUAUUACCUCAAAAAUAUAUAAAAAUGAAAACAUUAUGAAAAUAUUUUAAAAUGAGAUUUUAAAAUAACUGAAUUGAGAACAUCACAGCAAUUUAGAAUACUAAAGAGCAUAGCUUUAAAAUGAUAGUGCUGAGAACUCCCCACCGCUACCCCACCACCUAUAGACUUCUUUGACAUCUUACAAAUGUUCUCUAGUUUGUAUCUAGAAUCACUUAUAUCUUUCAAAUAAACCAACUUUGUGAA